AUGCAGGAGUGCCACACUGGGCUGUGUCUGUCUGUCUACAUCAUUACCUUUUUGCUGGGCUUCCCCGCCAAUGUCCUCGCCUUCUACACAUUCUGCAAGAAAGUGAGGCAGAAACCCACACCGAUUGAUAUCCUCCUCCUCAACCUGACCAUCUCUGACCUCCUUUUUCUCCUCUUCCUGCCCUUCAAGAUGCAGGAAGUGAUGAACAACAUGCUCUGGGACAUGCCCUACCCUCUCUGUCCGCUGUCUGGCUUCAUCUUCUACAUGACCAUCUACAACAGCACCUUCUUCCUGACUGCGGUCAGCGUAGAGCGCUACCUGGGCGUGGCUUUCCCCAUCCAACACACCCUGAAAAGGCGACCUAUGUAUGCUGUCGCCGCAAGCAUCUUCUUCUGGAUGUUCACCUUCGUCCACCUGAGCAUUGUGUUCAUCGUGCCCUUUAUUGGCUCUGAAAACUCUCUAAAUACCACCUCAGGCCACAAUGCCUCAGAUAGCUCUGCCACUGGUGACAAAAAGAAAAAGGUGUGUUACGAGAAUUUCACGCAGGCUCAGCUAAAUGUCCUCCUGCCUGUGCGUCUGGAGCUGUGUGUGGUGCUUUUCUUUAUCCCAUUCCUAAUUUGCAGUUUUUGCUACAUCAACUUCAUCAGGAUUCUGUUCAGGCUGCAGCACAUUGACCGGCGUCGUCGCCUGCGGGCCAUUGGCAUGGCUUUAGGAACACUGCUGGUGUUUGCUUUAUGUUUUGGCCCCUAUAACGUCUCACACAUUGUCGGUUUUAUUGCAUGGAAAAGUCCUGACUGGAGAGACAAGGCACUGCUCUGCAGCACUUUUAAUGCUUGUCUAGACCCUCUUAUUUUCUACCUCUCCUCCUCUGCUGUGAGAGGGACUGUGGGUAGUGUGAUGGAAGUGGUUAAGGGUCGCCUAAACAGGUGCAUGUCUUGCCACAUGCCCUGGGCCUUGUUGGGGGGGAUUAACAACACUGCAAAAGAUAAGGAACACAAACAAGAAGAGAUCAAUGCUAUCUAAUGGACUGAAAGGAAGCUUUGAGUAGCUGUCUGAUGAACUUCCUAUUUGGAAACGAGACUGAGCCAGCCACAGAAGAUAUUAUGCAGUCUAAA